AAACGUUCAACGGUCGUCGCUGCGGCGCAAGAUGGAGCCCGAAUUGGCUCAAGGAAGUACGCCCGAGAGUCCUGUCGAGGCAAGCCUCGAAGCUGACGCCAUCGCGAUGUCCGCAAUACGUCUGCCUCCAUUGCCAGGAGCCUCGGCGCCGCCUUUGCCAGAGCCUCUCGAGCCGCCAACCCCUUACACCGACGCAGCGACGAAUCUCACCGAGGAGAAUGACGCGUCCAUGUCGGACAACCUUGAUCCGCGUAGCGUCAGCACGGAUCCCGAGUCGCAGGUCGUGCCGGAGGAAGUCGAUGCUGCGAGCACACCAGCAAACGACACAGUCACAACGGGCCAAGUCGACGACGGCGCAGCAGGUACGCUGACAGAGGCCGACGCCACAUACAGCGAAUGGACAGAGGUCCAAGGCGGCGCUCCGCCUGACGACGUGGGGUCGAGCGAGACGCCAACCGAGGCAGCGCUUGAAGACACCAGCCUUGGCGCGCCGAUCGAGACAGCGUCCGAAGAGAGCAACUUGGGAGCGUGGCGUGACGAAACAGUGCUUGCAGACACUGACACCAAUGCAGAGUGGGUGCAAGACACCGAUGCAAUGGAAAACGCACCGAUGGAAGAGAAUGAAGGCCAGUGGGCAACCGACGAGGCACCCGACGAACCGCACGAAGAUGACGGCGCGCUUGGUGACAACACGGUCAAUGACGCCGACGACAUGACUGAUGGCGCCGAGUGGGUCGAUGGAGCAGGCGACCAAGCAGAUGUCUAUCCAGACCCGAAUGACACCUCGGACGCGUGGCCACAGCCAGAAGGAGACGCCGUUACAAGUCAAACUGACAACCCUCAAAUGUGGCCAGGUCAAGAAAAUUUAGACCAAGGCCAGGCGUACAUGGACGAAGCGGCCAACACCGAGAACGCUGGGUGGUCGUCGCUGGAUCCGAACACUUCAUGGACACCAGAGCCUGAUCGCGCGGUCGGCUGGUCGUCGUUCCACCCGGACCCUUCGUGGACGGACGAAGCCAGUGCCCCUCCGUUGGCGACAAGCAUCACCACAUCAACCACAGCUCCGCUGCCUGCGGAUCUCGACGGGUUGCGCAAUCGUCCUGGCUCGGCCAAGAGAGCACUCACACGCGUCGAGAUGAUCAAGUACGCCAAAGACUUUGCCGCCGCGGAGCGUCUCGGCGCGGGCAAGUCGUUCUUUAAGACGACCAUGAAGGACAUUGCCGAGCUCGGCGUCGGCCUGCAGCUCUAUUUCCUCUUCACCAAGUACAUGGGUCUCUGCUUCGUCGUCAUGUCGGUGCUGGCAUUGCCAGCGCUCGUCAUGCACGCGUCGGCCCGCGGCAUCGACACGCAGAUGAUUGACCCGAUGCGUCUCGGUCUCUUGACGAUCGCCAACGAAGGCGUCAACUCGACUGCGAACGCGACCACCGAGUGGUGCGCCGGCAACCCCUUCACGGACGACCCCCACAUCGUGAGCUACCUCAUCACCGCCUGCGACUUUCUCUACUCCCUGACGUUUGCCGCGUUCAUGUGGUUCUUCAAGAUCACGGCGGACCAAGUCAUUGCACGCAACGCCGACGCGAUUACGCCGGCGAAAUACGCCGUGUACGUGCGCGGCUUGCCACCGUCGGCGACCCAAGAAAGCAUUUUACAGCACUUUAACGCGCGCUACGACCCAACGACCGAGAGGAGAGAGUACCCGAUGAAGCUCGGCUGCUGGGGUCGGCCCCGGGCGCCCAAGGUGCAAGGCGAUUUGACGCGCGGCGGGCGGCUCGCCAAGCCUGUCGACAACACGGCGCACCUCACGCACCCCCACGAGAUGUAUCUGCGCACGUACGUGGCCGAAGUGAGCAUUGCGCACCCAACGGGCGGGCUCCUGCGGACGUUUCUGGCGAUGGAAUACCUCACGGGCAAGGCCGCCGAGCUCAACGACAUUCUCAGAACGCUCAAGGCGCUGCCCACAAUGGAUGCGGCCGACCGCCUUGAGAUCACAACCAAGUACAACCUUUCUUCUCUCGCAAUUGUUGCAAGCGAAAUGGCGCGGGCGUCUAGGAUCGAAGCGCAGCUGGAAAAGGUGACCGACACCCUCGAGAAGAAAACGAGCAAGCUCAAGGAGCUCCGCGAAAACCGCGCCAACAACCUCACCGACUGCGACUGCGCCUUUGUUGUCUUCAACAGCGUCGAGGCCCAGCGGCGGUACGCCUGCGUAGCCGUCAUGCAUUCGUACCAUGGAUCAAUAAGGUGUCUGCGUGACUACCGCACGAGCCAGUACAGCUUGGCGCGCCGGUUCCAGCCCAAGGAGCUUCGGUUCCAGGGCACUCACGCGCUCUGGGUGCAGCAAGCGCCCGAGCCGUCCAACAUCAUUUGGGAAAACCUCGAAGUGCCCGUGCGUGAGCGGCGUUUUCGGCGGUAUGUGACCAACUUUGUGACGUUUUUGCUCUUGCUCGUGUCGUGCGCGGUCAUUUCGCUGGCGCAGAGUGCGCAAGCUACGUUCGCAGGGGACUCGAUCCCCAACUUUUGCUCCGAGGCGCUCCCGGCCGUCUUUACGGGCAACUACUCGGCGAUCCCGACGCUCAAGUGGCAACUCUACUGGAACCAAUACCCCAACGUGACGUGCCCGACGGGAAGCUACUACAUUUCGUACACCAACAACGUCGUGGUGCCGCAAAUCCAGGUCGGCAAUGCGACGCAGUGCGUGACCAACCGCUGCAUCUCUGCGAUUCCAAGCCUCGAUACGACGUGCAGCACGCUCCCGUGCUUCCAGCCGGCGCUCAAGGACGACAAGACGCGGCCGUGUACGACGUACAAGGCAUCCGACCUCCUCAAAUGCUACUGCGAGCCCGCUCUCGAGCGCGCGAUUUCUCUCUACGGCUGGCUCGAUGGCCCCAAAAAGAUGUACAGCUACCAGCUGCCGUGCCAAGAGUACUUGUCGAAUUACGUCAAGAAGAAUGCGUCGCUCUUCCUCGCAGCGGCCACGGUCAUUGUCGUCAACCUCGUGCUGCAGAUGAUUCUCCGCGCCUUUGCUGACUUUGAGCGCCACGUGAGUGAGAGCGAGCGCGCGUCGGCCACGGUGCUCAAGCUCUUUUUCGCGCAGCUGCUCAACACGGGUAUCAUUGUCCUCUUGGUGAACGCCAACUUGAGUUCGGUGCCACUGCCGUCGACGCUGCGGGAGAUCCUCAACGGCAAAUUCGACGACUUUGUGCGGCAGUGGUACAUUAGCGUCGGCGUUGGCAUCUCGACGACCAUGAUCAUCAACGCGGUCUCGCCGCAGAUCGGACCGAUCUUGCAAACGUACGUCAUUCGGCCGUGGCGGCGGUCGCGAGCGCUCAAGGCCGCAGUGACGCAAAAGCAAAUGAACGACUUGUUCGCAGGCCCGCCCUUUGACAUUUCGCUGCGGUACCCGCUCGUGCUCAACACGGUGUUUGUGACCAUGAUGUACUGCGGGGGUAUUCCCGUGCUGCUUCCCGUCGCUGCCCUCGCGUGCCUCGUCAUGCAUCUUCUCGAUAAACUGACCAUCAUGAAGCUGUACUCGGUCCGCACCGCCUACGACGAGGCGCUCGGCGAGCUCUCGCAGGCGAUGCUACCAUUUGCGCUUUUGCUGCACCUCGGUUUCUCAACGUGGAUGUACGGCAACAGCAUGUUUCUCCAGUCGGGCUUGUUGAACGUGUCGUGGGUUCUGCGCGAAUUCGGCGUCCCAUCCAACUCGACCGACACCAACGACCUCUACAACGAGCUCCAAGCUGCCGUGAGCCAGUACGAUCCGCUCGGCUCCGCGGGCCUCUCGUCCAAGAUCUGGCGACUCAACGUCUUUCCCAUCUUCCUCUUCUUUCUCGUCGCGCUCGUGCUCUUCUUUUUAUCGCAGUUUUUUGGCGCUUUCUUGUGGCCGAUCCUGGAAAAGCCACUGUACUGGCUCGCGACCGGCGUCGCCAACUCGUGCUCGUCGACGCUCCAGAAGACGCUCAUGCACAGCAAGCGCAAGUACUCGGGCGAAACGCCGCUCGUGUCGCAGUACCCGGACUUCACCGGCGAGUACCAGGUCGACGCCACCGCCAAGGCCGUCGACAGCGCAAAAGGCUACGAGCUCCAAGAGAACGGGAUCUUGAUUCGCAAGUGGAUCGUCGACUCGGACGUGCGGAACAAAGGCGACCGCAUGCUCACGUGGGAGGCGAUGGCGGCGCCCGUCAAGACGUACUCGAUCCACGCCAACCCCAAGUAUAUGAAUGCGAUGAUCGAGCUCUCGAACGCCCGCGAGCGCGCCGAAAAUGAGGAUUCGAGUGAGAGCGAGCAAACCAAGCGCGUCAACAAACCCAAGAAACCGACGCGCUCGAGCACGGUCGUGCCUGUUGAGUAGUCUUACUUUUCUUCGGCGUAUGUGUAAAACCCCUG